AGACUAUUAUCUUCCCGGUGAGUUAUAUAGAGUGUGUCUAUCAUGGAAACUUUUUGUCGUUGCCCAAUUUCUGCUAUACAUGGACACCAGGGUUGGUCGAGCGACAGCAACAAGCAAUCACCGCCGCAGCAAUCACAACCCCGCUCACUCCAACAUAGAUAGUACGAAGACGGACGUGGAGUCCCAGAGCAAACAGCUCGAGGCCAAGAGAAGAAGCCUGUGCCAGAAAGUCGAUACCACUGGCGUCCUGACACUGUUCCUCGGCCCGCCAGUGCUUCUACUCGCAGUCACAUUUCUAGUUCUCUUCUGGUGGGAGUCGAUGAAGGCAAUCAACGGGGGAGACCCCGAGGUCUACUGGUUCCGCAUCGUAGAUGCAGACUGGGCGACUCGACUGAUUACAAUAUGCACCACUGCCAUCCGGACCGUAGUGUCUUUCCAGGCAGGCCUCGCUACCGCAAUGGUGGCGGGCGUUGUUCUGGAGACAAAAGGGAUCCCCCUCCUCCAGGGACCACUAUACUCCAUCCUGCGCGCGGUCAAGGCGGCCCCCAGCAGCCUGUUCACGGCGACCGAUCUUCGGCCUCAUCUCCCACCGUUCAUCUUGACCCUCGUCGUCGCCGAGGUGCUGGUGACCGCCGCCUCCCAGUUCCUCUCCACCAUCUACCUGUCGGAUUUUACCAGCAGCACGUUCACCCAGAGCAAUAACUCGACAAAUGUCAGCCUCCUUGACACCGAAUACAAUACGGCCAGCGGCUGGUGGACGAUGCGCCCCGCGGCAAGCUGGACAUUCGCCGAGCUGUCGGAACCGUUCAAAGAGGGAUCCAAUUUCCACGACACCGGACACACCUACCGGGCUCUCCUUCCCUUCGAGGGGGAGGAGCAACGGACGAAGCUGCGUAGGUACCAGGGCCCUGCGCCCGUCAUGGAUCAGCGGGUGAUCUGUGCAGCGCCGCCUCUGACGAUCGUCGUGGGACUGAACAGCUCCUCGGACAACUCGGAGCCGACGAUCAGCUGGGACCGGGCCACCAACAGCUACAACACGGAAGCCGCACGACGCCAGCUAGGCGCAUCGCGUACCCGCGAGAGCCUGGCCAGUCGGGGGGUGCUCAGCCUCGAGCCCCGGUCCCAAUGGGGCACCGUUCUGCCCCUCAACGAUUCGGCCUCGGGGGACACGGACCUGCCGGCGUUCUUCCUGGCCGUGGACGUCAGCCUGCCGACCUUGAUGAUGUCUACCACCAACUACACCUACAGCCCGGGCGUGCUGCUGGCCGAGGACGGCACGGGGUUCUACAGCGGGAGCGCCGAGAACACUCACAUCGAGAUGUUCCAGGACACGCUCAACACGACGGCGAGCCCAGCCCUGGCCGUGCAGGUCGUGCUGGCCCGGAUCUUCCAGAUGGCCUACUACGAGCAGCUGGUCAAGAUGGCCGGCACCACCACCGUGUCUACCGGCUUCUCCGUCUCCUCUUCCAUCCCCUCGCAAUGGACCGGCUUCAUCAUCGGCACCACGCUCAUCGCGACUCACGUCGUCAUCGUCACGAUCAUCACCGUGCAGUUCGCGCGACAUACAAAAAGUACGAUCAUCGGGAACUACUGGCAAACGGUCUCCCAGGUCGUCUCCAACGAAACGCGCCCGAUCCUGGAACAGGCGGAUACGAUGGACGAUGCAGAGGUCAAGCGCUGGGCGAAGCGCAACCUCCAAAACCUCAAGGCCCACCGCGCUAAAGCGAGAUUUAUCAUGUAUAGAUGGCCCUAUAUUCCAUUCCGUCCGUAA